CUUUUAAAUACAGAUACACAUUUGAACAAUGGGAUUAAGACGAUCUGACAGUGAGACGAGAGCGCGUUUAGGCAAACUCAUAGUUGGAGCAGCUGUGCUAGGUGGUAACCAGGCCGCUGAGAAUGCAGUUAAAUCCAAACUCAUCAAUGGGGUACUUGCCAGUGAUUCCAAGAUUGCAAAAGGGUUGGUCGUGGCUGCUGCCGCAGACGACAACUACAUAGCACAGGCGGCAUUGACUAAUAAGGCGCUUCAGAGUGAGAGUAAAGCGGCGAAAGCUGUUGUUGGGGUGGCGAUGCUGGAUGACGACAAUGCAGGUGUGCAGAACGUCGUUAUGUCGCACACAAUAAACAAAGCAAUGAAUAGUGAUUCAAAACUAGCCAAGGGAGCGGUCGUGGUUGCAGCAGUGGACGAUAACUAUCAAGCUCAGUCGGCGUUAGCCCACAAAGCUGUAAACAGUGAAAGUAAAGUGGCCAAGACUAUGGUGGUUGCUGCUGCGGUUAACGACGGAGCAGCAGCCGAGAAUGCCAUCAUGAGUAAGACCGCCCACGUUGCCAUGACAACAGAUAGCAAGUUGGCAAAAACCGUGGUGGCUGGGGCGGCAUUAAACGAUAACUAUAUCGCACAGAGUGCUAUUGUUCACAACCUAUUGGAGGAUGGACCGAGCGGUGCUUCCAUGAUGGCGGUGGCUGGCAACGGAGGAGAUGAGGACCAGACACAGGUCAUGGAUGCGGACUUUAAGGACAUGAAGUUAUCUACCGCAAAGAAAGCUGAUACGCAAACAGCAAGUGAUAGCAGCCCAUUGCCUUCCCAUUCAAAUGUGAACAUGUACGCACCCGAGCCAUACUACCUGGUACGGCCACACAUGACUGUGUUUCCACCCCCUGUGUUUAGCCAACACGUUCAGUAUCCGCCUACAACUGCAUACUAUCCACCCCCAGUAUACUGAGCUAAAGGCGGUGCCCGAUGGGAAAUACGAGUGUGACCUAUCAUUGAGGGUAAACUAGAAAUCUGAAUGACAGGUGAUUGCAUCAGCUACUAACACAGUAGACUUUGCCACAUACAGAUGGACGGCGAAGACCAAUGUGCAUAUUGUCAGGGUCCCAUGCAGUGGUGGUAAAACUAGUAUAAGCCAUAUAGUACAAUACACCCGGCAAAUAAUAUUAAUACAUGCUCCUCCCACACAUCCAGUGCGCCAACAAACUCUGCGCUAGUCUAGCGCUACAUCCGGGAGAGUCGCUAAUUUCCUCAUUGUUUCUCGCAGCGAUAGUAUCGAAUAUCGCAGUGCUAUUAUGAACCAUAUAUGGAGGCUUGAGCGUAAAGGGUGAGCUGUUGAUGUGAUAGGCUGAGAAAUCAAUCUGCAUCAGUGAUGAUUAACGCGAUCAUUUAAUUGCAAGGGGUUAGGAACUCUCCGGAGGUCAUAAACGAGAUUCCGACUACGUAUAAAUCUGUGGCAUUGAGAAUAAAUGCUUAACCGUGUUCAACUAUGAUGCUCAAAUAGUAAACCAUUCACAAUUCUUUUUAAUUUUUGUUGAAGAGUAGUAAUAUCGAUCACGAUAAAGUAUGAGGGUUCUGCUAAGCAGUGCUGAGCAUAUUAAGUUCAUCUAGAGUUUGAUUUCUAGAUUCACCCAGUCUCCAUAAUCAUUCGAGUGUCUACCCACUACUUUCCAUCCCUUCUUGUCAAAAAAAGCGAGCAUACCCUUAUUGAUUGGCCACGUGCUCGCAGUGACCUUGUCUAAACCCUUACUCCUGGCCCAGGCAAUGCAUCCCUCGUACACUUCAUCACAUACACCCUUUCUCUGCCACUUACUACUUACUAUGAUUCCCCACUCAGCCCAUUUCUCAUCCAGAUGCAUCUCGCGGAACCCAGAUGACGCCAUAUACUCCCCACUUUCCCUGUGAACAACAUCGAAGAAGGCGCCCUCCCCAGCCAAACACUGCGACCGAUGAGUGCAUCUGCGCCUGCUGAAGGCAUCGUUGUCUUUGGCAAGUGUAUGCAGAAAAGGAAUAUAUUGGGUCACCUUCUCGUCGAGAAGAAGGUCUCGAUUCUCCUGGUCAUACGCUUCGAUUGGCAUGUACAGAUCGAAGCGAUCAGUCUCCUGCACGGGCCCAGUUGGUACCGACAUAUAUGGUAUUUG